UGAGGUGUCCAUAUCUGUGGUUUCACUGCAGCAUGAGUGUCGUGCACGUUUUCUGUGCAGUGACCCGCGAGAAAGUGCACGGUACAUUUUUCUUCGAACAAUGCAGAGUGUUUGGGAGGAAUUAAAAUGUCGAGGCAACCGUCCACCCUGUCUUCAGGAGCACAGUAUGGUUUGUUGGAAAAACACCAUUUACGUGUUUGGAGGUGAAAUUGGCUUUGCAUCGACUGGAGAAACACCGUUGUGGAUUUUGGAUCUCAAUUCUCAAACGUGGAAGAAGCAUCAUGUUCGUGGUUCAGCUGUUCAUCAGCCAUCUGGACGCAGAGGACACUCAGCUGUCGUUUUCGACGGGGCUAUGCAUGUUUUCGGUGGAUAUCAAGAUUUGCGCGGCUCAUCUUCCGAACUCUGGAUGUUUGAUUUAGGUGCAGAAAGGUGGAGCUUGAUUCGAACACCAAGCUACUUUGCACAACCACCACCCAGGCACAAUCAUUCUUGUGUAAUUCAUGAUGAUGCCAUGUGGGUUUAUGGAGGACUUGCAGAUCUGCAACCAAGGGGAGACUUUUGGAAAUGGGAUUUCAUAUCUCAUCAGUGGUCAAGAGUCAAAACACAAAGGGGUCCAGGAGAGUUGCAUGGUCAUGCUGCAGUAAAAGGUCUGGCAUAUAUGUACAUAUUUGGCGGAGAGAGAUGUGGCAUAGCUAUCAAUGAAUUAUGGAGGUUUCACUUUGGGACAGAGACUUGGGAAAAGAUUAAUGCUGAAGGGAUAAUACCUCCUCCUCGAAUGCAUCACAUUGCUGUACCAAAUCCAGCUUUGAACAACUGGGAAGCAAGAGUUCAUGCUUGGGGAGAUUCCACAGUGUCCAGUGAGAAUGGGCCAAACAGAACAAAUCCACCCAAAUCUAUCUCCAUGUGUUUUGGGCAAACUAAUGCUGAAUCAGAAGGCAAGAAGUACUUCAAAUUUCGGGUCCAUCCAGUUUCAAGAUUUUGCAGUAAAAAUACUAGUUCUGAUGAAGAUGAUGAUGAGGAAUAUACUGCCAGUUACAACCAAAGCUCCGCCCAAUUAAACCUCAGGACACUACGUGAUAAAUUUCAUAGUAGUCGCCUGGUCCGCAGUAUAUCAAGUGGAAGUUACUCCAUCCUACAUAAUCAGUCAGCUAAUGAAGCACGUAAAGAUGAAUUAGAAAAAUUAGUUGAAGAGAGUACACCACACCAACAACAUCGGCCUCGUUUAAAAAUACAGAAAUCUCAAAGUUCAGAAGCUGUACUUGAAUCAGAUGGUGAAGCAACACCUCAACAUAAACAACAUGCUAAGCCCAAUCGUCCAGGUACUAUUACUGACUCGCCUCCACUGUGGGUUGAAAAUCCCAAUACUCUACUUAGAUCUUCUUGGUCUGAAAGUACAUUUCAGCAUAGUCGACAUUCCAUGUCUGCAAGUUCUAGCAGGAUCAAUGGUGGUGAGCAUCAUAGUACUUGUACAACUCCUACAACGAGAAUUGGAAGACUGGCCUUUGAUGGUCCACUUUCAACAGUGCGAGAUGUAAUUGAGGAGAACAGUGAAAAUGCAGAUGAACCAAACAUGAUAAUUAGUACAGAGCAAAAUGAAAUGAUUAGUUCAACAGGUAACAAGAAAGAUAAUACGGCAAUAUUAGUAGAUUUGAACAUGCCAAAUGAGAAUCUCCCUUCUCAAAACAAUCAUUUUAAAUCUAGUCACACCAUUUCUGAUUUUGCUUCUCAAGCAUUCUCUCCAUGCACAGAAAAUCACGAGCUUCCACAUUCAGUUUCACAUAGCUCUGGUUACCAUUCAUUUACAGAAGAUGAAAAUAACUUUGAGUGCCAUAGAGAGUUUGCUGGAUGUCUGAAUACAUCUGCAACUCGUAAGCAUCUACCUAGAUGCAGAGACUUAGAACUGAAGACUUUUUCGCCAAAUGAGUCACAGAAUGGAUUGGGGUGUAAUGGUGAUAUUAUUCUUCCUCCACCUCCAGUAAGUAUGGAAAGGGCACGCUCUCUUGAUCGAGCAUCUCAGAGAAAACUUGUUAGAAGCUAUCCUUCUGGAGGAAGCAUAACUCCAACUGUUUUGAUGUCAACAAGCGUAGUAGAAGAUAGUUUUGUAUCUCGUACUAAUCAAAGAGUUGCACGGGUUGACAUGCUGAGUGUUCCUAGGAAAAGGGAAUCUGUAGAAUCUCCUAAUCGACAUUGGUCUCUGAGCCCUGCUAGACCAAAGUAUGAGCAACAUGACUGGCAGCUAUGUUUUUACAUGUUUGGAGGAAGAGAACAGAGUGCACCAGGUGUGUAUCGGCAACCUAUUUCUAUAUGGAAACUCUAUGUAUGAUUUCUUUUUUUAAAUUUAGUCUUUUGUAUUUUUGUCAGAUCGUGCAAUAUGUUUUGCUUUAUUUUUCAUGACCAUGGAAUUGUAAAUACAUUUUAUGUUCAUGUUUAUAAAAUAGAAAUUAGUAGUAUUUGGAAAUUUAAAAUAUGCAUGUAAUUUAUGAUAAAAUGCAAUUUUUACUGUUAUAAGUCCAUGUGAAAUUUGUGAUAAUGAGUAAUUUUGUAGUGCAUAAAUCUUUGCAUACAUAUAUUAUAUAUAUAUAUAUAUAAUAUAUACAAGGGUUAAUUUAUUAUGUGUUACUGUAGCAACUGUCUUUAGCUUAAAUAAAAUCUUUGUCA